AUGUCACGAUACGUGGACUAUUCGGACCUCUUUGAGGAAGAUACAGAAGAUACAGACCCAUUCACUGCCUGGUCCUCGGAACUGGCCACCCCUACAAGCUAUUCACAGGGCACGACGGUAGUCAUCGUCACCAGCACCGAACCCACGACCACUUCUAGUCAUAUCGCCAUCGAUUCUUCCACCACAACCGAUUCUCCUACCUUGGCUACCUCAGAAAUCACAUCCAAUGAAUCAGCCACACCAUAUGUGGGGACAGAUUCAACCAAAGCAGGCGGACUUUCUGCAAGCGCCUCGGCUGGUAUUGGGAUUGGGGUCGCACUGGGCAUUCUUUUGCUUGCGUUGGUGGUUUUCAUCCUCUAUCGGCGCAAGCGCAAGCACCGAGGGCUUGCAAGAGGGAACGAUGAUAAUAGACCAGCGUUGCCAGAGCUUGGAACCGAUGGCCAGAAGCAUGAAUUGUCGGCUGAAGAGUGUACGCGAGUGGAACUUGGUGCUGAUGAACCAAAGCGCAAUAACACCAAUGUGCAAGAACUGGAGUGA